AUGCUCCGUCCGGGAUUCGCGGCGGCAUCUGUGGCGGGCGCGGCGUGGGCUAGCGAUCCCGCGGAGGCGGACGGGACCGCAGCGCGGGGGGGCGCGUUGGAGGAUGCGGGGACGUAUGACGUGGCACGCAAUGAGAAGUGGGUUUCUGAGGAGAAGGCGCGGCUGCUGACUGUGCAGGGCGGCAAUGUGCCAGGGGGGCUGCUGUUGACACGUGGCAGCUGGCAAUGGGAGGAGAGAGGCCCGUCGCUCUACCGCCUCGUGGGGCACAUGAGCUUCCACAACAUGAGGCGCAAGCAGGACAUAUUCCUCCCACAUGUGACGGCACGCGUGGCAGUGCUGCUCUCCUCGCACUCCAUUCAAGGCAUCUCCACCCACGUCUCUAUCGCUCCGCGCCAUCCGGAAGGCGCGCCUGUUCCCCGAGCGGACGGCUACUGGCCGGCAUACAUCGUCCGGGCGGGCAAGGGCACAGCCAUGGAGGUCACUGUUGAGAUCCGGGCGGCAGACUCCGAGGACGCAGCAGAUCUUUCCCACCUCAAGGCGGCCAGGCUGGACGUGCAUUACCCGGCGUACGGGCCACAUGGCAGCCUGCCAUUGGUGCAGCACGUCAUCCUGCCCCUCGCCUUCCCCCCCUGCCCGCCCCCAUCCGCUCCCCACGCCCCUACCUGGCGCAGCAUAGCAGCGGGCAUAUCAGUGCUGGCCGUCCCAACGCACCUGCUGUGCCACCUCGACGACCCGCUCCUCGUGCUGCGCCACUACGCAGCCCCGUAUCUGCAGCCGGGCGACGUGGUGACACUUGGCGAGACGCCAUUGGCCAUCAUGCAGGGCGGCUUCCGCCACCCGGACUCCGUGCCCCCGGGCCUCCUUGCACGCUUCGCCUGCCUCUGCUUCCUCCCCGCCUCGUCUCUUGCUACGGCUUGCGGCAUGCAGGUGCUUGUCGACUUGGUGGGGGUGGUGCGCGUGAUACUCGCGGUGAUAGUGGCGGUGCUGGCACGAGUGCUGCUGGGGCAGAGGGGUGUGUUCUACCAGCUGGCAGGGUACCAGGCGCGGCUCAUUGACGACAUCACCGGGACUCUCCCGCCGUAUGACCAGUUUAUCGCCCUCGGGCCUGUGGGUACCCUCUCCCUUGGGCCUGUGGGUACCCUCUCCCUUGGGCCUGUGGGUACCCUCUCCCUUGGGCCUGUGGGUACCCUCUCCCUCUCUUGCCGUAUAUGUGCCCCAUGUAUGCCCGCUUCCUCUCUUCCUCUCUCGUCCGUCUCCUCUCCGCUUUCCACUCUCCCCGUCGUAUGA